AAAUUAAAAAAGACGAAGUAGUUUCCCCCCACACCGCGCAUGCGCUAGCGCACCCACUAUUCUAGAACAAGUUUCCAAAGCAAGUCUUGGGAAAAAGUUAGCAAAAGGACGACAUUGUCGCCGGGUUUGUUCUUUUCUCGGUCAAAUAUUUCGCGAAAGCAAAGCUGAGACAAACUCUUCUUAGUGACUCGUCCGAGAUUCCCGGGCUAGCUUAGCUUGCUAGCUGCUAACGGAAAGCAGCACGUCGCCAAGUGUGCGUUUAAAGUGUUGUGAUUGUGUGAAAAUGUGUCAAAUACGAACACUGAAAGUGUUGCUGAGCCAGCAACUAACUGCUGCUGUGGAGGAAAUAUUUGUAGUGUUAGAAAGAACCAUAGCGGAAUACGCGAAGGAACUUUCCAGAACAAAAGAGGAGAACGAGCGACAACGUCAACUACUGGACGCAGUUGUCAAGAAGCCUCAAGUUGUCUUGCACAGGACAGAUUACCGUAAAGAACAUCUCCCCCCCUCUGAGCAGCAGAAGUGGCGUUCCAGGAAGGAGCAGGAGGAGCCAGAGCCCCCUCACCUCGAUGACAUCAUGACACAGGUGGGGAGGACAGAUGCUGACGGAGACCAGAUAGAAAAUGACAUCAUGAAACAGGAGGUGAAGAAUGAUGCUGACGAAGACCAAAUGGAAAACCUCCUACCUCCACUGUCAGAUUGCGAGGACAUGGCGUCAAACCCUUCUGACGUGGAUGAAGAUUCCGAAGCCGAAGCGACGUGUCAACCUGACGCCACGCGCUUGACGUGCUUUCACUGUGGUGACACCCUCAGGAGCCAGCUCCUCCUGGAGGAACACGUGAAGCGUCACACGGCCGACAAGUCCAUGCAGUGCACCAGGGAGGAGAACCUCUUCAAACAGGAAGUCCAGACAGGAGUUAAUGGAGACCAACUAGAAAACCUCCUACCUCCACUGUCAGAUUGUGACGGCAUGUCGUCCAACAUUUCAAGUUCCGACUCGGAUGAUGAAGACCCAGGAGCUGACGCUGACGCCGACGCACCCUUGGUGUUCUCUCACUCCGGCAAAACCUUUGACACGGUCGAUGAAGACCCCGGAGCCGAGGCCGACGCACCCUUGGUGUUCUCCCACUCCGGCAAAACCUUUGACUCGGUCGAUGAAGACCCCGGAGCUGAGGCCGACGCACCCUUGGUGUUCUCUCACUCCGGCAAAACCUUUGACACGGUCGAUGAAGACCCCGGAGCCGAGGCCGACGCACCCUUGGUGUGCUCUCACUCCGGCAAAACCUUCGAGAGCAAGAGUCUCCUGAACGAGCACAUGAAGUGUCACGCGGCCGUCAAAACCGUGAAAUGCACCGUCUGCGGGAAACGCUUAAGCAAGGGCCAUUUCGCCCGGCACCUCAGGCUGCACACGGGAGAGAAACCGUACGAAUGCUCCGUCUGCAGCGAGAGGUUCAUGCGGAGCGAAGCCAUGAAUCGGCACAUGAGGAAACACACCGAAGGGAAGCCGUAUCGCUGCGCCGUCUGCAACGCGGAGUUUUCCAAUCGCAGCGGGCUGAUCCGCCACAAGCGGAAGCACGAGGACAUGAAACGAUUCUUCUGCUCCGUGUGCAAGACGUCCCUUCCCGACCGCACCAGUUUGAUCGAACACACGGGAAAGCACGUUCACGAGGGUCUUUAGACCACAAAAGAGAGAGAGGGCUGACAAGUACGAGUACUUUUGAAGUCUGUCUUCUACACACAUUCCACGUUUUGUUGUUUGAAGAACGGAAACGCUGACUCAUCCAAAAACAAUACCGCGUUUACAGGUCGCGACUCGAACUUGAACCGAGUGCGAGUGAUGUUGUUAUUGCGAGGGCUAACGCAGACGGACUAUUUGUAGCAGCGCCGCUUUUGACAUCAACUGGUGAGCCGCUCCCUUGCUCGUGACAAAACCAUGCCUCUCACCUGGAUAGUAGAAGGCUGAGGACGUGUUCCGACGAGUUUGUACACUUUGACAGCCAAUUUAGACCCAGAAAAAGGUAAUAACGACACGAUAAGACGCUUGGUUUCUCCCUCCUUUGCCAGAAUCGUGAGUCAUUCUUCAUCUAAACGGGAGUAUAACAAGAUUGUCAAUCCUAACCACAGCAGACCUCGUACAGUCAGUGAUGUUUUAGUAGGUUUGGCGUUCACAAAGUCCGCAGUGACUAAUAAUCACUGGUGUUGUCGGGAAUGAAGAAAAUGAGCAAAGUCGGUUAACUUGAAAUGUUACAAAUGUGCCUGUUACUACAGUGCAUAUAUACUUAGUGCAUAUAAAACCUUAAUGGUGAUGUUUUUGAGGGCUUUAACAAGCAAAAACAACCUUUUGAUUGCAUUUAUUUUAUAUUUGAAAUGAUUGAGCACAAACAAAAGUGUUUUUGUCUACACGGCGAUUGUGAACGUAAUGUAGACUUGUUCAGUUGCAAGUGCACUUCCCCUUUAAGGUUGUUUGUAUAAAAAAAAAUUUUUAAUUCUGAUUCCAGUUUGUCGGGCAGCUCGUCUCAUUUCAUUUUGUUCGGAUUUCAAUUCUUGUUGUAUUCAGUUCCAGUAUUGUUGUGUUGCACACCUGCCGAAGUGUGACGGAUAAAUGUUACAAUGUGAAAAGUUCUUUUGGAAAAGUGUAGUGUCUACUCAUUAAAGAUGACCUUUCCCGUUGA